AUGAGAACAAUCUUCAAACGCUUGGGCCGUUUCAGAACUGCGGAUGGGGAUGUACUUUAUGGCGAAUUUGAAGAAGGACAAGGACUGGACUCGACAGUGCCAGUCUACAAAGGCGAGAUGCCAUGGGACCUCGAAUCUACCGAUCGUACAGCGGUUGUCACCGAGAUCCUGAGUCCUUUGCCAAAAGUCCCGAUAAUCUACGGUAUUGGCCUCAACUACAGGCAGCACAUAGAAGAAGCAAAGUUUCCGGUCCCCGGGUACCCAACUGUAUUCACUAAACCACCAGACAGCCUCACUGGACCAUUUGAUGACAUCGAAGUCGAUCAAGAUUGCAAAAACAUGGACUAUGAAGGUGAGCUUUGCGUUGUCAUCGGCAAAGACUGCAAGGGUUUUCAGGUUGGGGACAAUAUUCAACAAUACAUCCUCGGUUAUACAGUAGGCAAUGAUGUCUCUUCUCGUUUCUGGCAGAUGCCGGAACGCUCCGGUCAACAACACGGCUAUGCUAAGUCGUUUGACAAAUUCUGUCCCAUAGGUCCAGUCCUCGUGUCCACUGAAUUGAUCAAUGACCCAGCAACUUUGCAACUCACAACUACCGUCAAUGGAGAGCAAAGACAAACCACGAGUACGAGUGACCUACUGUUCGACAUUCCAACGAUUAUUCAGCACCUAAGUAGGGGCACGACGCUGCGAAAAGGCACAGUCAUUAUGACAGGCACGCCUAGCGGAGUUGCUGCAUUCAUGAAGCCUCCAAAAUGGCUUGCCGAUGGCGACGUCGUUGAGAUAGGAAUCUCAAAAAUUGGAAAGAUAAGAAAUACAAUGAACAUUCAAUCUUGA